UGAAAUCUGGUCUCUGAUAAAGUACAACUAAUUGUUCUCAUGAUUUCGAAUCAGUAUUUAUUUAAACAAAUUGGAUGUCAUUCCUAUCUUUGUUCUUACAGCAAGAUGCAUUUUUAUUUUAUUUUAUUGCAUGCUCUUAUUUUCUGCUUGUGUGGUUGUCAUGAAAAGCGGGAUGCUGCCACUGCUCCAAAUGUUGGGGAUCGUGUUCCGUAUGUUAUUAUUAAAGCUGCAAAAGGUGCCAAGGCUUAUGAAAGGUCGGAGGAUCCUAUCUUCGUGCUAGAGAAUAACAUUCCAAUUGAUUCCCAUUACUAUCUCGAAAAUCAAAUUAGCAAGCCGCUUUUGAGAAUAUUUGAUCCCAUUCUGAAGAAUGCGGAAAAGGAACUUCUCCAUGGCAGCCACACAAGAUCAGUUUCCAUUUCAACUCCUUCAAACAGCGGUAUCAUGAAAUUUGCUAAGAAACAACUUUGUUGCAUUGGCUGCAAAGCUCUAAUCAGGUAAGUUUCCUACAUUUGC